UGGUGCCCUGCCAAGGCGGGCAGAAUCAGAAACCUUUAACCCCUGAAAUAUUUACAGCGCCACAAACCCCGCGCUGCUGCGCGCUCCGAGCCGGGCCCGGGCUGUAUCCGCACAUCCUGCGAGCGCUCGCUCGGGGCGCGGCGGCACCGCCGGGCCGGAGCGAACCGAUCCCCCGCCGCCGCUCCAUCUCCCGACCCUCCCUCUCUCCCCGCCUCCCUCCGUCGGUCCCCGCCUCCCUCCGUGCUCGCGGAGCCCGUCUCGCCGUGUCCCUCGGCGGGCGCCGUCGCGGGCGGGCGCGGUGCGAUGUCGCUGUGGCUGCGGCGGAGCCGCGGCCCGGAGCGCAGGGCGGCCGAGCGGCGGGAGCUGCAGGAGCGCAGCCGGCAGCAGUGGGAGAGCACCAGCCGCGCCUUCGCCCGCGCCGCCGCCUGCUGCUCCCUGCAGGCGCGGUGGAGCCAGCCCCGCGUCCCCCCGCCCAGCGCGGCGGCGGCGCGGCGGGACGCGGAGGAGGCGGCGGCGCGGCUGGAGCGGCGGCGGGAGCGGCUGCGGCGGCUGCUGGGCGAGGAGCGGGAGGCGCUGGCGGCGGAGCUGCGGGAGCGGCGGCGGGGCGGGCUGCGGAGCCAGGAGCUGCGGGACAGCCCCGGAGAGUGCGGGAGGAAGUUUGCUGAGCCGCCGCUGCAGGAGCGCUGGAACAAAAACAACGCGGAGCUCCGAGAGGCAGAGUCUGAGCAGCAGAGGAAGCACAUGAGGGAGGCUUGGGGUGAUCAGCUAACACAACAAAACAAGGAAGAGGUGACCAAACUUGAAGAGAAGAAACAUGAAAAUGAGUAUGAAACUGCACGAGGGGAAGCGCUGGAAAGAACGAGACAAGAGGAAGAGAAGCCUCAGCUGGAGAAGGCCUUGCUUCAGCAGAUAGAAGAACUGAAACUGCAGGAGACAAAGGCAACAAAGCUGAAAAAGGAACAAGAGAAUUUAUUGAAGCAGCAGUGGGAGCUGGAGAAUUUGGAAGAAGAAAGGAAACAAAUGGAAGAGCACCGAAGGAAGAAAGAGCUCGGUCGCUUCUUGAAGCAUCAGUGUGACGUCCAGUUAAGGAGACGAGCGCAGCAGGUACAGGAGGAGCUGGAGGCAGACAGGCAAAUCUUAUCAGCUCUCCUGGAGAAAGAAGAGCAGGAUCAGAGCUGGCAGAGCGUGCGGCGGGGACGGGCGGUGGCAGAUGUGGCCUGGAUGAAGAAGGUCAUCGAGGAACAGCUCCAGCUGGAAAAGGAGAGGGAAGCAGAGCUUGAGACUAUCUUCAGGGAAGAAGCAAGAAAAAUCUGGGAGAAGAGGGAAGAAGAAUGGGAAAGAGAGAAGGUGGCCAGAGAUCGCCUGAUGAGUGAGGUCCUUGCAGGCAGGCAGCGCCAGAUCCAAGAGAAGAUGGAGCUAAACAGAAGGGCCCAAAAAGAGUCCAUUAAAUAUCGAGAGCAGCUGAUCAAAGAACUCGAGGAGGCCAAGGAAGGGACUGGUCGGGAGAAGGAGCAGGAGGAAGAACAGCAGAGAGCCCACAGGAGGGAGCUGCAGGCACAGGGGACAGAGCACAGCUUGAGAGAGGAGGAAGAGCAGCAGGAGGGAUCAGCCCAG